GUACGUAUUGAUAGCUAGCGGAAAUCUUCAACAGCAACAACAACAAUUUUUUUUUUGAGAAACUAAAGAGCUCUGUUUUUCUCGCGAGAAAUUGCCAACAUCAUGAGAAAAACUAUGGCAGAAAUGGGUAAUCUUUGGGAAGACUUGCGACGACAAGCAAGACAAUUGGAAAAUGAAGUUGACCUUAAAUUGGUGUCCUUCAGUAAGCUAGGAACUAGCUAUUCAUCACAGAGGGAUUAUGACAGCCUUCCUCUCUAUACUAACUCUACUAACAAGCCUGAGAAUAGUGAUACAGCUCCUUUAAUGAAUAAAGCUAGCAGUGAACAUAUGUUUGACACAAUGGCUAUGGAGAUAUCCCAAUUGUUAGCAAAGUUGACAGAAGUCAAUGACAGAAUGGUAGAAUACACUCAAAAUAUCUCUACGACAUCUCCAAGUGCAGCUUUGCUCCACACUCUGCAGAGGCACAGAGACAUACUUCAAGAUUACUCUCAUGAGUUCCAGAAAACAAAAGCCAACAUCACUGCAAUGAGAGAACGAGAAGACUUGUUGGGUUCAGUAAGGAGGGAUAUCAAUGCAUACAAAAAUUCUUCAGCUUUGAAUCGCAGAUCUGAUAUGUAUCUCAAAGAACAUGAACACAUACGCAAUUCAGAGAGAUUAGUGGAUGAACAAAUUAGCAUAGCCAUUGCCACCAAAGAAAACCUCCAGUCACAGUCCAAGUUUCUUAAUUCAAUCAACAUGAGAGUCAAUGCCGUUGCCAAUAGAUUUCCAGUUAUCAACAGCCUUGUCCAGAGAAUCAACUUCAGGAAGCGUAGAGACUCCAUAAUAUUAGGACUUGUGAUUGCUGUCUGUAUCAUACUCCUCAUCCUCUAUGCCUUCCACUGACAGUCUUUCCACAGAAACGCUUUUUUCCAUGUACAAUAUCUUUGAGCUGGUCGCUGCAGCAUGUAAAAAAAAAGUACAAAAAGCCAACACAGGUUUUUUUUGUAGAAAUAAUUGUCCUUGUUGAAGUGAAACCUGUCUCUCAUGCUCUGGUGAUUAGCAGGGACCCUUGACAAUGAAGUGCUCCUGUGCUAGGAAGAAAGUAUGGACCUUUCCAGUGCAACACUUGUUGAAAUGCUUGCGACAUAUUUUUUGUUCUAUGCUUACCUGACAUCUUUUUUAGGUCUCAGCAUAGUUCCUAUAGAUGUAUACAUAUUGUUGUAAGUGUAUAUUACAAACACUCUUUUUAGAAAAGAUCUUUGUAAUAAAUUGUAGACUGGAAAUGAAUAUUAUGAAGCCUAGUGAGAAAAAAAUCCUUUACAUACAGACAAUCUUUUUGCAAAGAUGAAAAAAUAUCAAAAAAAUUUGGAACCUUGUCCUACAUUGAUCAAACACAAAAUUUGUUUGGGCCAGUGGAAACAAAAAUUAUUGGGAUGAGAGAUUAUUGACUUAUUAAAAAAUCGUUUUUUUGUGCUUGGGUUUUAUCUUAUUUUUUUAAUACAAAACACUCGUGUAAGCCUACUGAGUUACAUUCGAAAUUCCAAUUUGUAUUGUACUUUUUCUAUUCUGUUUAAGAAUUGCUUUUUGUUUCUUAAUUUUGAAAAUAUUUUAUUCAGAAUAGAAAGAGAUAAUUGCCAUCCAGCAAACUUUUAUGAUCAUGAAGAAUUAUCUACAAGACAGAAAGUAAAUAUUUGGUUAAAAGAAAGCCAAACUUUACCUGAAUACACAAUAAAAGAUCUAUUUGUCUAAAGAAAAAACCCCAACCAUGCUGUCAUUCACGUUUUUAAUGUUUGAUAGCUUUUGUCAUUAAAAUGUUCAGUGAACUGUAGAAUAUGUCCAAUGGUUUAUUCUAUGGCAUUCCCAUUCCCUUUUUCAAUUUGCUAUUUAUUUAAAUAACAUGUUUAUUAAUUCACUAAAAUCUGUUUUUAAUGAACUCCAUUAAUGCAUAGAAUUUUUAUUUGAACAUACUGAAAAUAAGCAUUUUUAUCAUGUAUUACUCCUUCACCUCUUAAAACAAAAUUUCUCCCAAUGAUGUGGCAAAAUAUGCAGGUCACAUCUGGGUCUGUAUGUGAAAUACUGCACUCUUCCUUAAAUUUUGAACUUGAAGACUGUUUCCUUAGAUUGAAUUGUUAAAAAGAAAGACAAAGUGUAGCACCCUUAUAUGAUAUAACAAUAAGGGGGGAGGUGUUAAGUUAUGUUCAAAAUUUAAAUUCAUUUAUUAUAAGAACAAUAUGAAAGAAGCAGGAAUUUAAAAAAUCUACCUUUACUUAAUGUGUCUUAAUAGAUUUGCAAGGAACUUUUUGUUAUUGCAUUUACACAUUUAUGUUGACUGUAAACCCAAUUUUCUGUGCUAGUUAAAUAUUACCAUUAAGUUACCCUUUACUUCUCAUCUACAGCCAGAUUGUACAGGCCUGUAUUGUUUUUUUAAAGGAAGUUUGUUUAUUUUCUCUUUUGUUCAGAUUUAGAAAAAAAUUGUUGAUUUUUUAUUUUAAGCAACAUUUUCAAGACUUUGAAAAGUGUAUUACAUACCAUUGACCUGAAUGAACUCAUAUCAACAGAAAGGUCUAGAAUGGUUCUAUUUCUUUCUGUACCAUUGUUUUGUUCUACUGUGAUGUUUGUACAUAACUUUUUGGGGACACAAUGUUAUUUAAGGUUUUAUUUUGUUGUUUGGCUGAGUUUGUCUCCCCUGCAUCAUGAUCAGGUGUUCUAAACAUAGGAUUGAUGCUCAUGCCAAGUUUAACUUAUUUACAAAUACUUCAUUUUUUUUUUUUGUUUUAUUUUUUUAAACAAUGAAAAAACAACAACAAUGUAUUCAUUAAAAAAAAAAAGAUUGCAAGCAACACUUAGCAUUCUCAAUGACAUUUGCCAUAUUAAAUUGUUCAGUUGAUUAACUUUCAGCUUAAAUAGUAAGAAAGGUAAAAGUUUAAUAUCUUUCCUAUAAACUUUUAACAUCUUCCUGAUUUCCUAUGUUUUGGUAGUUUCUCUAAUAUUUUAUAAAGUUCUAUUAAAUAAGAAACUUCUGAAUGCUCUACAUUUUAAAAAAUGUAUACUGCAUUGAUAUAUAAUACCAGUAGUUCGUGUGAAACUGAUGCUGCGACUCUUGUUUAUUAUGCAAAUUAAGACAACUUAAAAUUGUAAAAAAAAAAUAAAAAAAAUUGAAAACAUUUAAUUGGUAGUUGAUGUCUGGGGAAUACUCUUAAUUCCUGUUAGGUAUGCUUAUGUUUGAGCAUAAGACUUGUCACUAAGCUAGGUUAUAUAAGGAAAAUGUUUUGUUUGCAAUUAGUACUGUGAAUAACAUUGUAGGAGUGUUUUACCAGAACCAAACAAUAAACACAUUUGUAUGAUACCAGUAA